AUGUAUGCUGGCCGAUAUGCUAUCUCCCACGACAUCACCUACAACGAGCGCACGAUGAAUAUCCUCGGCUCCCUGGGCUACUGCAAUGCAUUGUUUGAGUCUCAAUCCAAAACAAUGCGACGGCCUGGUGAUGUACUGGGAGACGAGUCUGUCCAGUCUGUGAAGGGUGUUUUCUGGAUAUUGGAACAACCAGAGCGAUCAUUGAUGGAAUCCCAUCCGGCCAUUCAGCUCCUCUUUGGCUGUGUGCGAUGCUAUCGUAUACUGGAGAAGCUUCCGCGAUUCAAGCCACCGGUGGAAGACCUUCCCUCCGAGGAGCAGAAGAAGGGAUGGGAAAUGUUCGGUGUUGCUCUGUCAUCCUUACGGACCGAGUACGAUGCAGAGAUCAAGCAGCAGGCUUGGGCAGAUCUCAGUGAGGCUCUGAAGCAGCCUUUGCGGCUUCCCGCAGAGUGUAAGAUCUCUAAGAGAUGGGAGCGGAAAGCCGGUUUAAAGAAGGUUGCUGCAGCCAUGGUAGCUGGCGAUCCGGUGACUCAUAGGGUUUCAACGAAACGCCAGCAGUCACGAGACGACCGAGAAAGCCAGCCAAAAAAGAAAGCAAAGCCGUCGAAGCAGGACGUGUCUCGGCACGAAAGACUCAUGGCCUCCUUGCAGCAGUGCGCUAAGGGUAGGAGCACAGCAAGCCUGGAAACCAAAGUCUCGAAGGAAAGCCGGAAGAAGGAAAGCAAAGAGAAGAACGAAAGCAAAGAGAAGAAGGAAAGCAAGGAGCAGAAGGAAAGCCAGGAGAAGAAGGAAAGCAAAGAGGGGAAGGAAAGCAAAGAGAAGAAAGAAAGCAAAGAGAAGAAGGAAAGCAAAGAGAAGCAGGACGGCAAAGAGAAGAAGCAAAGCACAGAGCAGAGGGACCGCAAGAACAAGAAGGACAGCAAAAAGAAAGUGCAGGAGGAAAGCAAGGAGCAGGAAGGAAGCAAGGAGAAGAAGGGAAGCAAAGAGAAGAAGGAAGGCAAAGAGAAGAAGGAAGGCCAGGCAACCGAGGACACGAAGCCGAAGAAGGAAGGCAAAAGCAAGAAGCAGGCCGCGACUGAGGAGGACGAUGAUUCGGCCGCGGAAGCCUUUGACAAUCUGGCCCUUCUGGAGGCGGAGAUGGCGGCUCGGCAGCUAGCGCAAGCUGAAGAGGGCUCGGAGGUCUCAGAUGUGUCAGGAGAGGACGCACCCGAAGCCUCGGACAAUGACGACCACAGCGAUAUGGAGGAGGAGGCAGAGGAGGAGGGCAGUGAUGAAGAGGCCCCAGCAGGUGGCGGCACCUGGGACACCGACGAAGAGCUGCCGCAGUCGCAAGACUGUGUCCUGGAGGACGAGGAGAUGCGGUCUGGCUCGUCAAGCGACGAGUCGGCGGACGAAGCGGACGGCGAGCCCUCCGAGGAUGAAGCUGAAAGCAAAGCUUUGAGCGUGGCCGUGGAGGAGCAGCCGGGUGAGAAGUGUCGGAACAGUACUACACACAAGAAGGAAUGGGCGGCUUUUGAUCGUGCCAUCAAGAAUCGCCAGAAGUUCCCCGUCGCUCUGAGCAACUAUGCGUGCAAAUCCAAGACGGAUUUGUUCGGUGCCUGGCUCGAUUGCAACGGCAAUUGGGACGAGCUAUAUAUGUUUCGAGGGACGCUGCUACAUGCUGUCAGGGUGAAGUUGGUUAUGGAACGCAAGCAUGAAAAGAAGAGGCUACGGCGCCAGGAUGAAAUGUACAAGCAAGUAAUUGCAGCAAGAAAAGCCGAAGGCCGGUGGUACAAAGACAAGGACUUCCCCGACAACGAAGACGAAGCAUGGUACUACAUGCCCCAGGGCCACUUGCUGCGGCUCGACAACUCCACGAGCGAAAAGCAGAAGUUGUCUCUGGAUCAAGCUAUGGAUGAGGACUUGGCGAAGAUUUUGGACGAGAACAACCUGCUGCAGGCAGGCACCCUGCCUGCAGUACAUGCAGCCACUGAGGCUGGCGAGAAGGCGCUUCUGGCCUUCUACGAUGAAGGUGCUGCUAUGGCAAAGCGAGCAGCGAAGCCCAGAAAGGACAAAGAGGCACCGGAAGAUGCCAAGGAGAUGGAACCCAAGACCGUGCGGCAGCUGGUAGCAGAAGCGAAGCCCGAGAUCCUCAAGGAUGCCUCGAAAGCUCGCGAAACCUCCCUCACCCUGAACAACCUCAACUACGGGGAAAAGCUGGCCGAACAGCUGCUGAAGUUUUCCAAGCAGAUGGAGCUUGCCUACAAGAGGCUAGCUGAGCUGGAGAAAAAGGACAGCACCACGGAUGCCGAGCUGAACAAGUUUUUGAAGUAUGUGGCCAAGAAAAAGCCAUGGUUCCAGCAAGCCCAGGCCGCAGCAAACGGCCUGCAGUCUGGAUUGAAAGCAAAGAAGAAAAAGGCCGUGCUGAUGAUGACCGAUCCAAGUCGAGGCUUUGCCGUUUCAUUCGUCAUGUGCUCUGGUCAGCCGACGUCCUUUCGUCGGAGAAUGAACUAUGAAUCUAUGCCACAUUCUCAUGCAGCAGAAGAGCUUCUGGAGAUGAUUGGGAGUGGCAAGGCCCAUGUGGCGCAUGCCCAAAAUUUGGCAGAAGCUAUGGUUCGGGAUGGGAUUCCGCAGGAAGCUGUCUCUGCUUUUGCGAGCCUGGGAUCCUUUGGGGCGCAUCCUUCGAAUGCUGAGCGUGACCUGCAUAGGUGGCUGCAAGGUAUCUAUGGAGUGAGCUUAGAACCAUACUUCAUAGACUUGAUGCUUGAGACGGAGGAUGUUGAUGAGGAGGCCGGGAAGCCUUUGACGGCUUCCAGAAGGAUACCCGUUCUCCUACCGCACGAGAUCUUCGCUGAGCUUCAUUCUGCAAGUGCGCAUCAGUUUGGUACGAGCAUGCUGGGACAUCAGACGCCGGCUGCGAUCAAAGAAUUUUGGAAGCAUUUGCAAAGGUUUGCGCCGAUGGAGAUCAAGGAUCAUCCGGCUUUGGAGAGCUGUGAUCUCUCCAUGCUUGUGCCGCUCCUUGUUCACUUUGAUGGUGCAGAAAUGUACAGGAAUGCUGAGUACAACAUAUGGUCUUUUUCCAGUGCAUUCUCUUCUAUGCUGGAUGUGGAUUGCAUUCAAACUCAAUUCUUGUGUUGUAUCCUUCCUCACAUUGCGAUGGAAACCAAGGAGGUGAAAGACUACGUACACGCUGAAGUCGCCCGGCUUAUGAGCUGGUCUUUCAAAAUCCUUCAAGAAGGUUGGAGACUUGAGAAUACGUUUUUUGAUUGGAUGCAUGUUGUCCUGCUUGGAGUGGGAAGAGAUGCCGUUGCUGCUUCCAUCAAACUGAUGGUCAUGCGGGGAGUGAUUAGCUGGGAUACAAAGCGCGCAGAUCUGAAGAUGUUGACAAAAUGGAUCAAGAACGAAUACAAAAGCAAGACUGGGAAAUCCUGCUCCCUGCUAUCUUUGACCCCUGCAAAUACUGGCCUGGAUCCUUGGAGCGAGUAUCCAGAACUGGGGACAAUUUUCAAGGCUGCACAAGUCAAGAUCCUGAUCUGGGGAAUGUCGAGAAAACUCAAAGAGGUGGUAAACCGGGUGAAGGAUGUGGAUUUGCUGAGAAUGGCUCUUUCAUUGCGAGGGCUCAGUGAAGCUCAGAAAUUGCUGGACAACGGCGGCUUGAAGUUCACUGGAGGCGAAGCGCGAAAGUUCGAUGAUAUGGUUCACGUGCAUUUACGAACGUGGCAAAAGUUGGCUCUGAAAUUCGAAGCCCUCCUGAUCCCUUUGUGCAACAUCCGACCCAAACACCACUAUCUACAGCAUCUUGCUUGUUACGUGAGGCGGACCCGAAUAAAUAUUCGGAUGCACCAAAACUUCGAUGCCGAAUCCUACAUGGGGAAGAUCAAAAGAAUUGCAUGCAAGUGCCAUUCGGUUGCGAUGUUGCGGAGAGUCCAGCAGCGCUACGUCCUGUAUUUGGCCUUGCUGUGGGAUCGAGCAAAACGAGAAUCUGUUGGUGCAGCUGUCAAUGACUGUCAAAGUUUGGAGGAGAUCAUGUUCCAAGAUUGGCAGCGUUCAGAGAAGCGAACGGCUUUCAGUAGCACUGCUGCUCAUGCGAAGCGACGAUGCCUGCAGGGCAUCUGA